AUGCAAAAAAAUCCAUCAAAACCCUCAUUAAUCUUCAUCACCACAUCAGUCAAUGGUCAAACUCUGCAACUUCUCAUCGAUACCGGAGCUACUUCAACCUUUAUUAGUAGCAAGGCCUUACAAAAGGUACAACAUCAUAAUUUCGUCAAAAAGCAACCCCACUCAUUUGUUCUUGCUGAUGGCUUAUCACCAUUCUAUGUAUUAGGAACUAUCGAUCUGUCGAUCCGAUUUGCUAAUCAAAUCACCAAAAUCCAAGCUAAAAUUGCUCAAAGUUUAUGUACUGACAUAAUCCUUGGGAUGGAUUACAUAACACUUUAUAAUUUACAAAUCGAUACAAAACAUCAACUAAUUUCUAUUGAAAUUAAUAAUCAUCGAUAUUAUAUGAAAACAAAUCAGAAUCAUUCACCUCAAUUUACUCCGGUAACCUUAUCCAAAUCUUUACGUCUCCCAUCAAACACGUAUCGUACCAUUAAAGUACAUACUCCUAUUUCGUCGAUUAAUUCAACGUUUAUUCCUAAUUUAAGCUUUAUACAACAUGAUUCAUUAAGCGUUUUACACAAACCGCUUCAACUUAAUGAUCACUUAUAUACUAUGACGUUAUUAAAUACAUCACCAUAUCCAAAAUUUAUUAAUAAAGCCGUAGAUCACUCAAGUGAUCAUACUUCAACACGUCCAUACACAACCCUUAUGACUAAUACUAAACAUUUCAACAAAUCCAUUACCAAUCAAAAUAUUUGUAACACGAUUCAUUCAAUUCAUCCAAUCGUUGAUAAAGAUAUUCGUGAAUUAGUUAAUAAAAUUCAACAUCAACAACAACAGGAUAUUCUUCUCUCGCUCUUAUUUCGCUUUCAUCAAAUUUUCGACACAACUAAACAUAGCAUUGCCAAUACAUCGAUUCAUCAUGUAAUAAAAACAAUUCCACAUGUACCACCAGCUUGUAAACCAUAUCCACAACCAGAUAAAGAAGAAGCAAUGUAUUCACUUAUUCAAGAAUUUUUACAAGCAGGAUUGAUUACAGAAUCUCAUUCUCCAUAUGCUGCACCUGCUAUUUUAGUCAAGAAAAAAGAUGGACAAUACCGUUUCGUAGUGGAUUAUAAAAAAUUAAAUUUAAUUACAAUUAAAGAUUCUUCUCCAUUACCAAAUAUGGAAGAGACACUUCGAAAAUUAGGACAAGGAUAUAAAUACUUCAGUAAAUUAGAUUUCAAAUCCGGUUUUUAUCAAAUUCCAAUCAAUGAAACUGAUAAGGAAAAAACCGCAUUUGUUACACCAUUUGGUCUUUAUCAAUUUAAUGUUCUACCUAUGGGACUUAUAAAUUCACCACCGACCUUUCAAAAAGUAAUGAAUAAUACAUUACAGUCCUGCCGCCAAUUUUGUCUUGUAUAUCUUGAUGACAUUAUCGUUUUUUCAAAGUCGCAUGAAGAACAUAUUAGUCAUCUUGAACAAGUAUUUACAGCUUUACAAACAAACCAUUUCGUCCUUAAUCCUCCAAAAUGCGAACUUAUGGUGUCAAAAAUUAAUUAUCUCGGACACACAAUCAGCGAGAAGAUUAUUACUCCAACGAAUGAUAAAAUACAAGCAAUUCUUGAUAUUAAAGAACCACACACAUUAGCUCGUGCAAAUAAAUUUAUUGGUGCUUUAAGCUGGUACAGAAAGUUUAUUCCAAACUUUGCCACUAUAGCCGCACCAAUACACGCCGUAACAAAUCUUAAUAAAAAUGACCGACCCGUAGAUCACUCAAGUAAUCAUUCUUUAACACAUCCUUAUAUAACCCUUACGACUAAUAAUAAACAUUUCAACAAAUCCAUUAUCAACCAAAAUACUUGUAACACAAUUCAUUCAAUUCAUCCAAUCGUUGAUAAAGAUAUUCGUGAAUUAGUUAAUAAAAUUCAACAUCAACAACAACAUGAUAUUCUUCUCUCGCUCUUAUUUCGUUUCCAUCAAAUUUUCGACACAACUAAACAUAGCAUUGUCAAUACAUCGAUUCACCAUGUAAUAAAAACCAUUCCACAUAUACCACCAGCUUGUAAGCCAUAUCCACAACCAGAUAAAGAAGAAGCAAUGUAUUCACUUAUUCAAGAAUUUUUACAAGUAGGAUUAAUUACAGAAUCUCAUUCUCCAUAUGCUGCACCUGCUAUUUUAGUCAAGAAAAAAGAUGGACAAUACCAUUCUUCUCCAUUACCAAAUAUGGAAGAGACACUUCGAAAAUUAGGACAAGGAUAUAAAUACUUCAGUAAAUUAGAUUUGAAAUCCGGUUCUUAUCAAAUUCCAAUCAAUGAAACUGAUAAGGGAAAAACCGCAUUUGUUACACCAUUUGGUCUUUAUCAAUUUAAUGUUCUACCUAUGGGACUUAUAAAUUCACCACCGACCUUUCAAAAAGUAAUGAACAAUACAUUACCCUCCUGUCGCCAAUUUUGUCUUGUAUAUCUCGACGACAUAAUAGUUUUUUCAAAGUCGCAUGAAGAACAUAUUAAUCAUCUUGAACAAGUAUUUACAGCUUUACAAACAAAGCAUUUCGUCCUUAAUCCUUCAAAAUGCGAACUUAUGGUUCCAACAAUCAAUUAUCUUGGACAUACAAUCACUCGUGCAAAUAAAUUUAUUGGUGCAUUAAGCUGGUAUCGUAAAUUUCUCGAGAACUUCGCUACAAUUGCAGCACCAAUACACUCCGUCGCUAAUCUUAACAAAAAAAAUCGUCGUCAAUUUAAAUGGUCAUCAGAACAAUCGAUUGCAUUUCAUCAACUCAAACAAAUGCUUAUCACUGAACCAUUAUUUCUUCAUUUUCCUGUCGACAAUAAACCUUUAAUAUUAACGACCGAUGCAAGUAAUAUCGCCAUUGGAGGUGUAUUACAACAAGAAGUCAAUGGUCAACUUAGAAACUUAUAUUAUCAUUCUCAAUUACUAACACCUUGUGAAUGCAAAUAUAGUUCAAUUGAAAAAGAAGCUUUAGCAAUCUACAAAUGUUUUGCUCAUAUGAGACCAUAUCUAUUAGGUCGACGUAUUAUCAUACAAACUGAUCAUUGUCCAUUAUGUAAUAUUAUGAAAAAGACAAUUAGAAAUGCAAGAGUGGAUCGUAUUGCUCAAUUAAUCCAACUAUAUAAUAUUGAACGAGUCAUCCAUAUUAACGGUCGUGAUAACUGCUUACCUGAUUAUUUAUCUCGAUAUCCUCGCGACCAAGAUGAUGAUUUAUUUGAUAUCGAAUAUGGAAUUGGAAGUAAACAACCACUAUUAAAUUCCUUACCCACUGAUCAAUGUCUUCUAAUUGCAAUGUUAUUAUGA